CGUACGAGGAUUGCGUACUGACAGCUGAGAUUUUGUCGCUAGGUUUGCGACAUUAGUGAUUCUCUCCUCCAACAGAAAUGAAAUGAAAUGCCUUUAUCGUAUAGAGGAAGAAAAAUGAAAGUGUAGCGUAAAAAUAUCGCGUCUGUCGAUGGAAAUUGUCGGCGCCGCACAUAUAUUGUUUUUGCUAUGUUUGUGCAGGCUAAGCUGAAACGUGUAGUUCCGUGUGUGUGUAUAUAUAGCGGUUUAGCAUAGCAGGAUUUGGGAUUAGCUAGUGUGAAUAUUGUUGCAUGUCGUGAAUGAAAUAUUGUUAGUGAUGCGUGGUGGUAUUGCGCCGUAAUAUGGUGCACGCUGUGUCUCCUGUCGCCUUGCUAAUUGGCUAAGUGCAGCCUGUCAUCCGUCAGACAUCCAGCAGCGUUAGCAUUAGCUUGCUGAAUGACCGACAUCGGUGUCGAGCUGAAAUAGGCACGAAAACACCUCCAGGUCUCUGGUUCCAUCUCACAGCAAUGGUUUUAAGUUCGGGAAAGAUGUGUUCUUGUUUCCCAUUGAGCUUUUUCUGAGUGUCAGGGGACAAUUCUUAUGCCUGCUUUGUAAAGCUAGACCUAGCUAGCACGAGAGCAAACUGGAAACAGAUGUUGAAGAACCGUAAAUGCUGUCUAGUGCAGGAUCUUCUAUAAGAUUAUAUCACACUGGAAACACAAUGUCUUCCUGUGCAUCUGAGGCAGCGUCUGAGUCACACUAAGAGGCUUCUGAUUCCUGACACAUCUCUGAUUCUGUUCUACUGGAACCCUUUUGUUGAAUCUUGGGUCAUUUUUGUUAAUCUGUGAAGAGGCAAGUCAAGGACCUCAUCAUGAAGAAGUUCUUCGACUCUCGAAGGGAGCUGGUUAGUGUUGGGCCUGGCUCUGGAGGUGGAGGAGGAUCAAGCGGAGUCGGUGGGAACUUUAUCGGCCGGACCUUCACCAUUGGACAUCACCAGGUCACUGUGGAGGAAACCCUCGCUGAAGGUGGUUUUGCCAUCGUGUUUUUGGUACGGACCAAUCAGGGUGUACGAUGUGCUCUGAAGAGAAUGUAUGUGAACAACGAACAUGACCUGCAGGUGUGUCGCCGAGAAAUUCAGAUUAUGAGGGAUCUUUCAGGCCAUAAGAACAUCGUUGGCUAUGUGGACUCGAGCGUGACGGCUGUAGGAGGCGGUGACGUGUGGGAGGUUCUUAUCCUCAUGGACGUGUGUAAAGGAGGUCAGGUGGUGAAUCUAAUGAACCAGCGUCUACAGACAGGAUUUACAGAGAACGAAGUGCUGCAGAUUUUCUGUGAUACCUGUGAGGCUGUAGCUCAACUGCACCAAUGUAAAACUCCCAUCAUCCACCGGGACCUGAAGGUGGAGAAUAUCCUGUUACAUGAUCAUGGUUAUUACGUACUGUGUGACUUCGGCAGCGCCACCAAAAAGUUCCAAAACCCACAGAGUGACGGAGUGACUGUUGUAGAAGAAGAGAUCAAAAAGUACACCACUCUCUCAUACCGAGCCCCUGAGAUGGUGAACAUGUAUAACGGUAAACUUAUCACCACCAAAGCAGACAUCUGGGCUCUGGGCUGCUUGCUGUAUAAACUGUGUUUUUUCUCACUGCCCUUCGGAGAGAGUCAGGUGGCCAUAUGUGACGGGAGCUUUACCAUUCCGGAUAACUCCCGUUACUCGUACGAGAUGCACUGUCUGAUCCGCUACAUGCUGGAGCCGGAUCCGGAUAAACGUCCCGAUAUUUAUCAGGUGUCUCAUUUUGCUUUCCGACUCGCUCGGCGCGAAUGUCCUGUCCAAAACACACAGAAUUCACCAAUCCCCACUAAGCUUCCUGAGCCAAUAAGAGCAAGCGAAGCAGCAGCAGCGAAGAAGAGCCAAACACAGAUGAAGGCCAGGCUCACAGAUCCCGUUCCCCCCACUGAGACGUCUAUCACGCCACGUCAGAGGCCCAAAGCUGCUCAGGCUCAGCCAAUAGGGGGCGUCCUGCAGAUCCAACCUGCUGCACUGACUCCACGCAAGAGAGGUACACCUAUACACUCAGCUGUGAGCGUGAAUUUAGCGCAGCCCGCUGCAGCGCUUCAGUCACAGAUCACACACUCCUCUAACCAGCCUCAGCACAAACAGCUCAUGCAGCCAAUUCCAGUCUCUGCACCAGUGUCUGGAAGUGUAACUCCACCAGUGACGAGCCCUGCCCCUCUAGGGGUAACAAGUCCUGCUCCUCAGAAAGCCACACCCCCUCCGUCAAGUCCGGUUCCACCCACUGCUCCAGCUCGGAGUGCCAAGCGUAAACAACAGCAACAACAACAAAAUCAACAGCCACCACCACAACAAAAACAGCCCCCUCUUGCAGCACAGCCACCUCUUGCAGCACAGCCACAUGAAGCCAUGCCCACUACCACACCCCUUGCCCCACCCACUUCUGGGGAAAUGCCUUCCACUAUGGGCCUCUCCCAAACCCCGCCCUCUUCCCCAAAAACCCAGAAGGCAGGGCAUAGACGCAUCCAGAGUGACGUCACACACAGCGCGAUGGUCGGAGUGUGUGCAAGCCAGUCAACGCAACAGCUACAGGCUGCUACCGCUGAGGCAAACCUCAACAAAUCCAAGUCAGCCAGUGCCACUCCAUCCAACUCUCCACAGUCUUCCCAGCAGAGUGUGUAUGAAUCUGGCUUGCAGUGCGCAGCCGCCACUUCUGUCCCAAGCAUAGUCACCACCUCUGCCCAAAGUCUUGCCACUUCUGCCCCGAGCUUAAGCGCACCUUCUGCUCCAAGUCUUAGCACUACUGCUGCUUUAAGUCUUAAUGCCCUGGAGCAGCCAUCCUGGAACCCUUUUGGAGAUGACAACUUCUCUAAACUGACAGCCGAGGAACUGCUGAACAAAAACUUCACCAAACUCUCCAAAGAAACUGCAGAGCCUCCGAGCAUUUGCACAGAGGAACUUCUCCCUGGACUGGACUCUGUUGAACCCAUUACUCAGCCUUCAGCUGAAAGACCUGCUGAUAUUCUGGGCCUGGAUUCAGCUGCUGAUUUACUCGGAGUACCAGAGAAGCUAAUAGAGGGCCUAAAGUCUCCAGACGCAUCUCUCAUGCUGCCUGACCUCCUGUCUAUGUCCGACCCCUUCGGCAAUUCCGUAGAGGACAUGAGAGAUGGAAGUGCUGAGUUGUGUGUGGAUUCUCUGAUCCCCGGACUGGAGGCUCCUCAGGUUCAUCCUGUGCAGAAAGACGCAGUGAGGACUGACACUUUGAGUGGUGAAGACUCUCUUUUGGGCAGUCCUUUUUCCUCUGGCCUCGGCCCCUGUCUAGACGAAUUUGCACCCGUGUCAGGAGGAUCUGCCCACAGCAUGACAGACUCGACCUGCUUGAUAUCUGGCUUCGAGCCGCCAGGUUCAGACAAAAGCGCAGAUGACGAGUUUGAUCCUAUUCCAGUUCUCGUCUCCAAAACAUCUCAAGGUGAACCAAUCAGGAUGAACGGUUACAUACCUGGAGCUCAGGAACAAGAAAAGGAGAAGGAGGAAGCUUCCACCAGCCCCUUUUCCUUUGACGUUUUCUCCCUCGCUCCUUUCCCUUCGAGGCAGCAUGACGUUUUCUUUCAGGCGCCGUUUGGGCCUCAUAAAAAUGUUUCAAACCAGGCAAUCACAGCAAACAGUUCCAUUCCCAGUGUGAGACAGCAGCCAAUCACAGCGCAUCCUGUUGGUCUGCAUCCAAUCACAGGCCAACAUGCUGGUUCUGCUGUCGGGGAGCAACCAAUCAAUGUCACAUCUAAUAUCAGACAGCAGCCAAUGACAGCGCACCAUGUCUUGUCCAAUGUCAAACAACAGACAGGCCAUCGUGGCUUGUCCAGUGUUGGACAGCAGCCAAUCACUGCGCACCGUGUUGUGUCUAGUGUGGGACAGCAGGCUGCCGUUGGCUCUGUGUCUGCUGGGCCACUUUAUUCCUGGACUUUGGAUGUCAGAACAUCAUUUCAGCCAAGAUGCCACCAAGAGAAGCCUUAAUGUCCUACAUAUGCACACACACAAGGGUUUUAAUCCAGAAAUUUGGAGGAGUAAAGGCCCAUUUACAGCAAGCAUGAUGCAAAAAUCUCUGCUUUUGUUUUCCACAGAUGCCAUUGGUGGAGUGUUCAGUUUCAACAUUGUUUAGGUGAAUCAGGAUUUGCGACGGGGUCAAAUAUUACAAUGUAAAGUCAUAUCUAGUUAGAUAUGAAAUUUUCCAUCUCUCUAAAUUAGCGCUGACAUCAGAAAGUGACAUCAUUGCACUGGAAGCUCCAUGCAAACAAUGUAAAUGUGGAAGUGAUUAUUACACAGUACUUGACAAAUCUAAUACAACCGCAUAAUUUAGGCAAAAUGUUGCACAUCCCACUGAUGUAUGGGACUUCAGGAGGCGUUGAGUACCUGUUUCCUCUCGGCAGCACUUUAUCUCCUCUGUAGUGCUCUUAGAAUCCUCCAGAUUAAAGGUAUGGGGAGUAUAAAUGCAUUUUUAGACAUAGAACCUCAAAUAUAUUCCUUUUUCUAUUUGUAUACACUAGUAAAUGAUGGCUUAUGUGUAUAAACAUAACAGUAUUUUAGAUGUGUACUCAACCCAUAAAGGAGAAUGUGUGAAGGAUGCAAGGUUUCGAAUUUAAAGCAUAAUUUUUGUUUUUAUACACAAUCUGCCUGUGAUCAUACUUAAAUGCAUAACCAAAAAGGAAUCCAUUUCUUAUUGCAAAUACAGCUCCCUGGAGACAUUGGCCCUAUCCAUUCGCUCUCUGGAGCUUUUCCCUCAACCCCACCCUUAAGUCUUUAAGUGUCAUCGAACUGGCCUGCUCCUUGGUUCUUUAGAGCUAUUUCCUUGGCCUCACCCCUCAAGUGUUUAGCAUAAUUCUUGUGGCCCCACACCCAAAUCAUUCUUGAGACUUUUUUUUAUCAUUAUUAUUAUUAUUGUGUUUUUUUUUUUUUUUUUUUUUUUUUUUGGCUUUGCUUCACCCCUCAGCUAAAUGGAUCUGCUCCUCUAGCCCCAACCCUAACCCUUAGUUCUUUGCCUUUAUUAUGUGGCCCUGCUUCAAAUUUUUUCGCAUCAUUCCUUUGGCUCCACCCUUCAGUUCUUAAGCCGAACCAUGGGAAUGAUGCUAAAAAAAAUGAGAAGCAGGUGUUAAAGGUUUUCUGGCCCCAUCCUUCAGUUAUUUAGAAUCAUUUCUCACCCAACUAUUGGUUCUUCAGCAUCAUUUCUAUGACCUCACCCCUCAGUUUUUUUAAAUCAUUUCUACAGCCUCAUCUUUUGUUUCUUUUACAUCAGUUUCUCUGGCCCCAUCCAUCAGUUCUAUAGCAUCAUUCCUCUUGCUCGAACCAUCACAUUUAAUUAUCAUUACUCUGGCCCCACCCCUCGGGUCUUUAGCAUCACUCCUAUGGCUCCACAUAUCAGUUCUUUAGCAUCAAUUUAUUGUCCUCAUCCUUGGGUUUUUUAGCAUCUUUCCUUUGGCCCCACCCAUCAGUUCUUAAUUGAAAUUCCCCUGGCAUCACUCCCAAUCUCUCUGGUACUAUUCCCCUGGCCCUUCCCCUUAGGAGCCAUUUAUUGGGCAAAGCUGUAAAAAUUGCUUAGCAUUGAGAACAUAUAUACAUACAUAAUGUACACAAAAUAUACACUGUUUGAAUGCAAGGGGAAAAAAGUUUUAACCAAACUACUUAAUCUACACAGAUGCUGUUAUAUCACUGGCCUGAUUAUGCCCCUGCAGUGAGUAAUUGAGG